GCGAGCUGCAAAUAGGCAGAGAGGGACGGAUCUCUCCAAAGAGAUGGAGUUUCGGGGACUAAGGUUUAGUUUAGUGGCAUUAACGAUUGCGAUACUAUCCACGACUGUACUUUCCGAUCUGAUCAUAUCCAGGGUCGAUCGACGUAUUGAUUUGACUUCACAGAUUGUGCGCAUUACUUCAACCUUAAAGGUGGAGAAUGCUGGUUCUGCUUCGGUUUCAGAAUUUCUGCUGAUUUUUCCCGAGAUUCAGGCAAAGAAGCUGUCUUAUUUGUCGGCGACUCCUUAUGAAGGGAAAGGAAAAACUAGAAAAUAUGGUGCUUCUCUCCCUAUUGAAGUUGCCAACCCAAAAGGAAUGCCUCCGGCGUUGAAUUCUUAUUCUGUAUCGCUACCCAAGCCAUUAAGUGAAGGGCAGACCUUGACUUUGGAUGUCUUGGCGGUCUUUACCCAUGCAUUGCAACCGUUUCCUGAGAAGAUUUCUCAGGCUGAUAUUCAGUUGGUAUUAUUACAGGACAGUGCGCACUAUCUCUCUCCUUAUGCUGUAAAGUCUCAGUCCCUCAGUGUUAAACUACCCGAUGCUAGAGAUGCUAGAGUGGAGUCAUAUACAAAAAUUGAAAAUACAAAUCUUCAUGACUCAGAGAUCAAAUACGGUCCUUAUGAAAACCUUCCUCCUUACUCAUACUCACCCAUUGCUGUACAUUUUGAAGCCAAUCAACCAUUUGCUGUUGCUCGGGAGUUAGUGCGAGAGAUAGAAAUUUCACAUUGGGGCAAUGUGCAAGUUACAGAACAUUACAUUAUUGUCCAUGGCGGUGCUAAAAGCAAGGGUGAAUUUUCUAGGCUUGAUUACCAGGCCAGACCCAACAUUCGAGGAGCAUCAGCCAUUAAACAUUUCAUUGCAAAAUUGCCACCAAGAGCUCACUCCAUUUAUUAUAGGGAUGAGAUUGGAAAUAUAUCAACCUCUCAACUAUGGGCAGAUUCUAGAAAGACAAAGUUAUUAAUUGAACCUAGAUAUCCAAUGUUUGGUGGUUGGAGAACAACUUUUACAAUCGGUUACAGUUUACCCCUACCAGACUUUUUGUUUGAGUCAGACGGGAAACGUUUCCUGAACAUAACAUUUGCUUCUCCUAUGAAUGAGUUGGUCAUCGAUAAUCUCAUUGUGAAGGUUGUUUUGCCAGAGGGAUCCAGAGAUUUAUCUGCUUCUAUCCCAUUUCCUGUAAAUCAAAGAGAAGAGACAAAAAUUUCUCACUUGGAUGUUGCCGGUAGGCCAGUAGUCGUGCUGGAAAAGACCAAUGCUGUACCAGAGCAUAAUCAGUAUUUCCAAGUGUAUUAUAGGUUCAACAAACUUUCAAUGCUGAGGGAGCCAUUUAUGUUGAUUGCUGGAUUUUUCUUCCUCUUUGUUGCUGGUAUUGUGUGUGUGCAUGUUGACUGGUCAAUCUCCAAGUCUUCGGCUUCAUAUUUGGCAAAACUGCAGUGGGAUGAGGUGCGAGCAACAGUUCAGCAGAUUGAAAGUAUUAUUAACCAAUGCUUAGCAACACAUGAGAAACUAGAAGCAUCUCUACGUGAUCUUUCAAGGGUAGGCGACAUCCAAGCUUGUAAAACUGCACGGAAGACAGCUGACGCUUUGUUGAAAGAGCAUGCGAAGGAGUUGAAGCCCUUGCUAGCAUUCUUACAGUCUUCUUCUACAGCUACUCAUAUAUUGCCCAAGGUUGAAGAGCUGGUGGCCAAGGAGAGAGAAUUGCAGGAAAGAUUGAUCGUAAAACACGCAAUAAUAGUAGAUUGCUACGAAAAGAAGCUCGGGGCCCGUGAAAUUGAGAACAGAGCUGCUCCACACCAACAAAAAGUUGUAGCCUUGAGGCAGGAGGUUGAAGGUCUUCUGGAUUACAUUGAUGAGAUAUGAAUUGAUAGAGCAUCUGAGCUUUAGGAUCAAGUUUUGGUUGUACGCAAGUUAUAUUUCUAGUGGUUGUAUUAAGCUUGUACCUCGUUAAGAUAAACUGACAUUUUGGAAAUCUAACUUGGAGAUGGAGAAUUGAGGAGUUGGCCUUGGUAAAACGUAGUCGUAGACUUGAGUUGAGUAACAAGUUGAGUGUAAUUGAAGAUUCCAUAAUCAAGCUAAAUUAGUACUUAAGUAUUUUAUCUGAAAUAAAUGCGACAAGCAUCUCUAUUUGAAAUGGCAAGAAUUUGAACA